UAUCAACAACCAACCAGAAUCAAGUUGGUCAUGUCGACGUCAGGAGAAUUAAAUAAUCUGUAGAUAUUAAGUAAUAAGUACAAUGUCUUCGCUUGAUGAUUCGUUACGUAUUGUAAUAGACGCAGGCUCUCACUCCACCAAGUCUGGGUUCGCUUACGAGAGUGCCCCCAGGUCUCUGAUAUGCACUGCUGUAGGGCGAUGUCGUCAUGCUGGUAUACACGACGGUAUGCCUCAAAUCUGUUGCGGGAAUGAGGCUUUGAAGCAACGAGGUUUAUUGGACCUAGUUAUGCCGGUACGAGACGGCCUGAUCUGCGACUGGGACCAGAUGGAAAAGCUGUGGCAUCACAUUUACUACAAAGAGUUGAAGGUCCCGCCCGAAGAGUCGAGUCUCAUGCACACAAUGCACGCUUUGAUGCCGAAAAAGGACAAGGAGGACAUGGCUGAAAUGAUGUUCGAAACAUUCACAGUUAAAGCAUUGUAUAUGGUGAGGACUCCUGUGGCUGUGUUAUACGCGAGUGGCAGAACUACAGGAGUGGUUUGGGAGAACGGCAGCGCCUGCUCCUGUGUUACUCCGAUAUUUGAGGGAUUCCAUCUGGGCCAUGCAGCCUCCUGCUCGCCGGUGACGGGAGAUUAUUUGACCGACCUUCUCGGACGUAUGAUGGAAAAGAUAGGAUACUCUUUUAAAACGCCGACAUAUAGAACCAUUCUAGAAAGUAUCAAGGCCAAAAUGUGCUACGUAGCUCAGGACUACACUUCGGAACUGGAGUUGAAUGCGUCGACUGCAGGCACAAGAGGGGAGUACGAGUUACCUGACGGUGAGAAAGUGUUGCUCGGAGACGAACGCUUCCAAUGCCCUGAAUGUAUUUUCCGACCUUCCUUGGAAGGCAUCAACUGCCCUGGACUGGUGGAGCUUAUAUGCUCCAGCAUUUCCAGGUGCGACGUGGACUGCAGACCGAUGCUUUACGAUAACAUAGUGCCAUCUGGAGGUUCCAGCAUGUUUCAAGGCCUGGUUUCCCGUCUGAGCAACGAUAUGAAGAAGCGUCUGCCAGGAGUGAAGGUGCAAGUUGACGAUCUACCGUCCAGGCAGUUCGCUCAAUGGGGAGGAGCCUCGGUAUUGGCUUCCAUGGACGAUAUGAAUGGAUUCUGGAUGACAAGAAAAGAUUACCAAGACUUGGGACCGGAUGCUGUCAAUUAUAAGUUUUUUUAGAUUAGAGAACAUUUCGGUUUAAUUUUAAAAGUAGUUUAAGGGCUUGUUUUAAUAAAUACUUAAAUUUAAC